AUGUGGCCUCGAAUUCAGCUGCCCUGGUUUCUCUGCAGCUUAAUCUGCGCAGGCAUUGCCAUGACGCUCUCAGCGGAUGUGUGCCACGGAGAAGAAUGUCACCUUAUACUUCUGCAGCAGAAGAAGGCGCUGCACAGCACGCUCCAGGAGCAGGAUAACAACGAUGACGGCCCAGCAGAGGAGGCCAUACUGGGAUACUUGCUCGACACGAUGCACAAGGCGCAGGAGGCGCAGGCGCGACAGCAGGCAGUGGCGGAGUGGGUAGCUUCCCACCAGCAAGGUGGCAACGACAGCAAUACCACCGUGGCUGAGAAUGCCUCCGAAAGCAAUUCCACUAAGAGCAACGCUACCGAGAGCAACAGCACGGAGGGCAACUCCACCGAUAGCAAUGCCACCGAGAGCAACAGCACGGAAGGCAACUCCACCGAGAGCAAUGCCACCGAGAGCAACAGCACGGAGGGCAAUUCCACCGAGAGCAACGGCACGGAGGGCAACGCUACCGAGAGCAACAGCACGGAGGGCAACUCCACCGAGAGCAACGCCACGGAGAGCAACAGCACGGAAGGCAACUCCACCGAGAGCAAUGCCACCGAAAGCAACGGCACGGAGGGCAACUCCACCGACAGCAACGGCACGGAGGGCAACGCCACCGAGAGCAUCAGCACGGAGGGCAACUCCACCGAGAGCAAUGCCACCGAGAGCAACAGCACGAAUGGCAACUCCACCGAGAGCAACGCCACUGAGAGCAACAGCACGCAGGGCAACUCCACCCAGAGCAACGCUACCGAGAGCAACAGCACGGAGGGCAACUCCACGGAGAGCAAUGCCACCGAGAGCAACAGCACGGAUGGCAACUCCACCGAGAGCAACGCCACUGAGAGCAACAGCACGGAUGGCAAUUCCACCGAGAGCAAGGACAACUCCACAGAAAGCAACAGCACGGAGGGCAGCAGCACGGACAAGGCCUCGUCCAAGAAUGCCACGAGCGAAAGCAAGGAGAACGGCACGAAUGCCACGAACGAAAGCAGCUGUCGUGAUGACAAGUACUGUCCACAGGAGACUGGGUGCGGCAGCAGUCGCACGUUUCACCCUGUACGCACCGGUCCACAGCUGACAGCGUUUCUCGAGAACUUCUGCAAUCUCUUCAGUCUACUCCAUGAGCCGGAAGCAGACAAUCAGACCUAUAGAGGGGGAUGCAGUUCACCACAGGUCUGCGAUUUGGAGCGGAAGGAUGUGAACUUUGACCUGAUCAAGGUGGAGGGCAAGGUUGGCGGCAAGCUGGAGGACACCUGCCUGAUCCAGGGCAUUGUUGUCGACAAGGAUUUUAGUCAUCCGCAGAUGCCGAAAGUAGUCAAGGAUGCCAAAAUGGCAAUCCUGACCUGCCCGUUCGAGCCACCGAAGCCGAAGACCAAGCACAAGCUCGACAUCCGCACCGGUGAGGAUUACAAGAAGCUGUACGAGCAUGAACAGAAGUACUUUCGCGAGCAGAUCCGACUCAUCCAGGAGUCAGGUGCAAAUCUGGUGAUUUGCCAGUGGGGCUUCGACGACGAGGCCAACCACCUGCUCUUCCAGAACAAGCUUCCAGCUGUGAGGCGAUCCGAUCUCCUUUUCCCGGGUUCCUGA